AUGCCUGAAGAAGAAAAUACAGCUACCAUAGCAAAUUAUUGGUAUAAUUUAGGCUUUCAAGGUUUCAAAGAAUUAGGUUAUGAACCAGAUGCAAUUGUAUCAUGUUUACGAAUUGAUGUUGAAUUAGAUGGUAGAUCAAUUUCAGUUAGAAGUUCUACAACACUUUCAACAGCUGAAAUAUGUGAAAGUAUGUUAAAGUUAACAGCAUAUAAUCAAACAACAAUUGCAAUUAUUAAUGGAGGUACAGUACGUAUUGAUGAUAUUCUUCGUGAAACAAUUACACAAUAUGAUAUUAUACGUACAUUACCUUUUGGAAAUCGAGUUAUUGCUUUAUCUGUUCCUGGACAUUUACUUGCUCAAGUUCUUACAAAGGGUACAUCUUUAAAAGGAAAUGGAAUAUUUAUUGCUUAUACGAGAGUUGAAACAUUCGAUGGUGGUAAUACAUGGCUAUUGAAUGGAACUGAUAUAUCAAAAAGUGGUCUUUAUUAUGAUGUAGCAACAACAGCAUAUAUACGAGAUUUUACACAAUUAAAUAAAUCAUAUGUUAUUACUUUACAUAAUGCAAAUGUAACACAGACAAAAAGUUUAAUGCAGUAUUUAACAAUAAAAUAUUCUCCUUGCUAG